CCCGCCCUUCUCCCUAGCCAUAGCUUGCACCUCUAUAUAUCUGCCUACAUAUAUGUACACCAUCGAUCUAUCCAUACCAUAUCAACCACUACCACUGCACCAUCUCUUAUAUUCUCCCGACAUAUUAAUUCUCUUCUCCACCCAUAACACCAUCUUUCUGCUCACCAACUUACUCACUCAGCUCGCCGCUCUUCUUCUCACAUCUGUUGCCUCCGUCUCAUCAAUCUCAUUUGCUUCUAGCUACCAUCUGUCUGUCUUCGUUGGUUCGUUUGCUCCACCGGCAUGAUGAAUCUUAUAUCGUUUGAGACGCCGCCUCCUCUUGGUAGGCAAGAGAGCACCGCUGCUACUGCAGCCACCGGCAUGAAGGUGGCAAAGGAAGCGAGCUCUAGUGACGCAUGCUUCCACGGUAGCAAUCUAGACCUCAGCCUCGGCAUCUCCUUGUCUCCCGGAGGUAACUGCAGCGCCGCCAGCUGCGGUGGCGCCGCCAUGGCAAGCUACAACGGCGGUCAAGGUGGCGGCAAUGUCGGUCGAGUGCAGAGCAGUGACAUGGUCAUCGCUAGUACCGCCACUGCGAACACGCUUAGCGCAGGGCGUGGUGGUAAUUGCCAUGGCAUUGUGCCUAGCAGCAGCUGGGCGGCGGUGUUCAUGCCGAGCCCGACCGGCUUCAUGCACCCCUGGAGCCUCGCCGCCCGGCAGCAGAAGGCGGCCGCGGAGCAGGACCGGAGCAUUGCGUCGGCGUCGGUGGCAACAACAUAUGUGACAAGCGAUGCUAGUGUGGUCUCAGUGCCUUCGGCGGCUGUGGGCUGGCCGCCGGUGCACACCUCCCGGCGCCACCUCGUCACCGCCACGCAUGUGCCAAAACCCGACGCCGGCGUGAAGCAGCCCGACAGCCUAAACAACACGAAGAUGACCGCCGCGGCCUCGCCCGCCGAUGAUGAUAAGGAGGUGGCGGGGGCGCCGAGGAGCUGUACGGUCACCGCAGAACCGCAGCGGCUGCCGGCAAACAUGUUCGCCAAGGUGCACAUGGAUGGCUGCCUGAUCGUUAGGAAGAUCAACCUGAGAGCUCACCGCAGCUACGACUCCCUCUCGCGGGCGCUCACCAAGAUGACAAGAAACUUCUUCUGCCCUGCAGAUUAUCAGAGUUCGGAUUCAGGGGAAGGCGAUUGUGCAAAUAGUGACGACUUCAUAUUUCUAUAUGAAGACUUUGAAGGCGACCGGAUGCUUGUUGGAGAUGUCCCAUGGGAGUUGUUUCUUGCGACGGCUAAAAAAUUAUGCAUUGCUCGUCAUCCAACAUCAAGAGAUACCAAAGGUCAUGACGAAGCAGCAAAAUUAAACGCAAGUGUGAAGCUAGCUACAAAUAACUGAAGCCCCCCCCCCCCCCCCCCCCCCCCCCCCCCCCGCGCGCGCGCGCGCGAAAGCAACUUGAUUUGAGGCCCUUUCUGGAUAAUGAAAAAGAAGAACUCUCCCAACUCGUCAUCUGAGAAUAGACACACUAAACUUGAUCGGUGGCAUAUGGUGGCAUAUACGUGCACAUUGUAUAUGCACAUCUCUCGAUCUGAGGUGUAGCACAUGUGUAUGGGUAUUAUUGUAUGCCUAUGCUAGUUAGAUGUGAACAGCUUGUUGUGGUGUAUCAAUGUCAGCACCUCUAUGAUGGUUGUGCAUAUAGUUUUGGAACGUUGUGUAAGAAUUAAUGUUGAAAUGCAUGUGAUGAAUAAUGUUUUAGCUAGCUAUUGCUCAUCGGGUCAUCAAACUUGAUACAAUUUGCAUAACCACAUUUAAUCUUAUGGUGUUACCUUU